AUGGGGGUCUGCACGCGUACAAACCCAAAAGACCACAAGAGAAAUAAGCUGGCUUGUUCAACCACAAGAGAAACAAGCUGGCUCGUACAACCACAAGAGAAGCAAGCUUUGACGUACAACCACAAGAGAAGGAAGCUGGCUCAUACAACCACAAGAGAAGCAAGCUGUGACGUACAACCACAAGAGAAGCAAGCUUUGACGUACAACCACAAGAGAAGGAAGCUGGCUCGUACACCCACAAGAGAACCAAGCUGUGACGUACAGCCACAAGAGAAACAAGCUGACUCGUACAACCACAAGAGAAACAAGUUGGCUCGAGCAACCACAAGAGAAACAAGCUGUGACAGAAACAAGCUGGCUCGUACAACCACAGAGAAACAAGCUGGCUCGUACAACCACAAGAGAAACAAGCUGGCUCGUACAACCACAGAGAAACAAGCUGGCUCGUCACACCAAGAGAAACAAGAAAAAAGCUGGCUCGUUCAACCACAAGAGAAACAGCUGGCUCGUACAGCCAGAGAGAAACAAGCUGGCUCGUACAGCCAACAAGAGAAACAGCUGGCUCGUUCAACAGAAGAAAAACACGCUGGCUCGUUCAACAAGAGAAGAAACAAGCUGGCUCGUUCAAACCACAAGAGAAACAAGCUUGGCUUCGUUCAACCACAGAGAAACAAGCUGCUGCUGUACAAGCCACAAGAGAAACAAGCUGGCUCGUACAACCACAAGGAGAAACAAGCUGGCUCGUUACACAAGAGAAACAAGCUCGCUCGUACACCACAAGAGAAACAAGCUGGCUCGUUUCACACAAGAGAAACAGCUCGCUGUAGCCACAAGCGAAACAAUCGGCUCGUACAGCCAGAAGAAAAACAAGCUGGCUCGUUCACCACAAAGAGAAACAGCUGGCUCGUUCAACCAACCAAGAAACAAGCUGGCUCGUUACAACCACAAGAGAAACAAGCUGGCUCGUACAACCCCACAGAGAAACAAGCUGGCUCGUACAACCACAGAAAGAAACAAGCUGGCUCGUCAACCACAGAAAACAAGCUGGUCGUACAAACCACGAAACAGCUGGCUCGUACAACCACAAGAGAAACAAGCUGGCUCGUACAACCACAGAGAAACAAGCUGGCUCGUACAACCACAAGAGAAACAAGCUGGCUCGUACAACCACAAGAGAAACAAGCUGGCUCGUACAACCACAAGAGAAACAAGCUGGCUCGUACAACCACAAGCAAGAACAAGCUGGCUCGUACAACCACAGAGAAACAAGCUGGCUCGUACAACCACAGAGAAAAAACAAGCUUGGGCUCGUACAACCACAAGAGAAACAAGCUGGCUCGUACAACACAGAGAAACAAGCUGGCUCGACAACCACCAAGAGAAACAAAGCUGGCUCGUACAACCACAGAGAAACAAGCUGGCUCGUACAACCACAAGAGAAACAAGCUGGCUCAGAAACAAGCUGGCUCGUACAACCACAGAGAAACAAGCUGGCUCGUACAGCCACCAAGAAAAACAAAAAAAAAAGAAACAAGCUGGCUCGUUCAACCACAAGAGAAACAAGCUGGCUCGUUCAACCACAAGAGAAACAAGCUGGCUCGUACAACCACAGAGAAACAAGCUGGCUCGUACAACCACAAGAGAAACAAGCUGGCUCGUACAGCCACAAGAGAAACAAUCUGGCUCGUUCAACCACAAGAGAAACAAGCUGGCUCGUUCAACCACAAGAGAAACAAGCUGGCUCAGAAACAAGUUUGCUCGUAUAACCUCAAGAGAAACAAGCUGGCUCGGAACCACAAAGAUAAACAAGCUGGUCUCCUUUCACCCAACCAAGAUACAACAAGCUGCUCGUUUCAAACACAAGAAAGAAACAAGCUGGCUCGUUCAACCACUAAGAUAAACAAGCUGGCUCGAUUACAACCACAAGAGAAACAAGCUGGCUCGUUCAAACCAGAACAAGAGAAACAAAGCUUGCUCGUUCAACCACCAAGAGAAACGCUGUCUCGUUCAAAGCACAAAGAAACAACGCUGGCUCGUUCAACCGCCGAGAGAAACAACAAGCUGGCUCGUUCAACCAACGAAGAGAAACAAGCUGGCUCGUUCAAACCACAAAGAACCAGCUUGGCUCGUAACAACCACAAGAGAAACAAGCUGGCUCGUACAACCACAAGAGAAACAAGCUGGCUCGUCAACCAACCAGGAAACCAAGCUGGCUCGUUCAACCACACGAAGAAAACAAGCUGGCUCGUUCAACCACAAGAGAAAACAACUGGUCUUCGUUUCAACCACAAGAGAAAACAAGCUGGCCUCAUACAACCACAAGAGAAACAACGCUGGGCUCGUUCAACCACAAGAGAAAACAAGGCUGGCCUCUUCGUUCAACCACAAGAGAAAACCAACGCUGGCUCUUUCUUCCAACCACAAGAGAACACAGCUGCUCGUCAACCACAAAGAAAGAACAAGCUGGCUCGUACAACCACAGAGAACAAGCGGCUUAGUACAACCACAAGGAAAAGCUAA